CUGUCGUGCGUGAAGUUUGUAGCAUGUGAUGUUUCAUGAAGUGUUAAUUUUUUUACGAAAAACUAAUAAAAUAUUGGACUGUUUUGUGCCUGAAUGUGUUAUGAAAGUAUAACUAUUAGUGCUACAAAACUUGUGAAUAGUGUAUAUAGUGUCAUUGUAUCAAAAUAAUAUUACAUGGAUAAAGCCGUCACUUGAGGUUGUUAAGAAAUGGAGUCGCAUAUAUUAAAUAUGUACCAUCAAGCUCCAUACCGAAGUAUUGGGCAUAAAAUAAUGCGCUCCACGAGUGAAUCACUUUCAUCAGAAAGCAGUUGUAAUCAAAAUAGCCCAGAAUACUCUCAGAACCAACAAACAAGUCAAUAUGAGGACGAGAGCAAUGAGGGCGAAUAUUGGAACCACAGCGAGAGCCACCGAGUGUGGAGUCAAAAUCAAAAUGUUAAUAUAACUCAAUCAAAUCAAGAUACAAGUAUAGAUGAGGAUGAAAAUAUAGAGAUUCAAGAAGUAUCUAUAGAUGAUAAAAACUCAGAUUCCAAUGACCAAAUGGAUUUAUUGGAAGCUGAAAACAUGGAAGAAAAUUCGCUCGUUGAAGGCGAUGAUUAUGACGUCAUACAAGUUUUUGCCGUUGAUCCCGAUUUAGAUCUUGAGGCUUCAUCUGAUGAGGAACAAGAUUAUAGCAUAAAUGAAGAUGCAAUCGAAUCGGAUGAUGGUGAAUACUUAAUACCAGAAGAUACAACCCGUAAUGAAAGCCAUCUUAAACAUGAUAAUCAAUCAAACAAUAUAUGUCAAGAUAGCUUAGGAAUCAAUUUUGAUACACCUGUAGUUUCAAAUGUCGAUGAAUAUUUUAUAAAAGAAAAUGAAAAACACAUAUUGGAGGUCAAGGAUGAGCCAGUUGUUAAAGAUGUUGAUGAAUAUUUCAUUAAAGACAAUAAAGAACCAGAACCCGAACCAGAGUCUCCGAAUGUUGAUGACUUUUUUGUCAAAGAAAAAUUGCCAGAAGAGACUGAUUUUCGGAUAUCAAAGACUGUUCCUAAUGUUAAUGAAUUUUUCGUUAUUGAUAGCUCUACGGCUGUUAAAGAACAGGAAAUCGAAGAAAUUGAUGAUGAAAAUGCGGAUCCCGUAGCUGAAGUCUCAAUAAAUGAAUCUGACUUGGAAGUGCUUCCAAAUAUCGAAGAUUUGAAGCGUUAUCUUUUGGAGGAUAUGCCAUAUACAAAACUGAAAAAUGCGCAAAAGGCAUGUUCAGUGUCACUUCCUCAUUCGCCUAUGCAUAAUAUUUGCAUGGAUAUAGAUGCAAAAACUUGCUUAAGUUUUGAGGACCUCAAUCUUGAUUUGUCAGAUCUUACUUUUGAAAGUGACAAAGAGAAGUCAGGUACGAGUGUAAAAAGCGAUGACCUACCGCGUACUCUAACAGAAGAAGAUGUUAACAGUUUCCUCAUAACUGAUAAAGCAGGAUCAAAAGAAGUUGUUAAAAAUGAAGAUGAUUUCAAUCCCCAAGACAUGGAUAUUGAUCGUCCUGUUGAUUCAAUAAUUAGCAAUGUAGAUCCUGCCUCUCCUAUUGCAAUACCCGACAUAAAGCGUACUUCUACACCAAUACCAGCACCGAACGUUUUAGAAUUUUGCAUAGAAAAAACAUCCGUAAAGAAAGAGCCAGAUAUAAAAGUAGAGGUGGAUGAUUUUGUUGAUGUUGAAUCUUGCAAUGAUGCUGUUAUACCGGUUUUGGAAGCUAAUAAUUUAAAUUCACUUCUGGAACAGUUUGAAGCAACUGAAAAGCUUAACAUUAAACACAGAGAACCAAUUGUCAACGUGAGCGAGCCAAAGGUUAAAAGCUACACAAACUUGACAAGUGGUAUGCGAUUACAGGAUGCUGGCGUUCAACUUAACAAAACCAAAAUGCGACAAAUACUGAUGCCGUCGAAGGUUAAUACUGUGAUCAGGAGAUCACCCAGCCCUGUUCACUCUGAUCAUGACUAUUGCUCGUCGAAAAAGCGUCACAGCCUUCCUAAUCUGAAGGGAGGACAAAGUUUACUAAAACCUGAGGUUUUAUCCAGCAACAGCAGGAUAUUAAACUCCAGGCAUAGGUCUUGUAAGAAUAAGAAAGUCGUGUAUCAUCUUAGUAGUGACGAUGAAAGUGAGUCGAGCGAUGCUAAGAAAAAUAAGAUAAUCAUAAACAAUCGUGCUAGUGAUGACAGUGACAUUAAAACAAAUAAAAAAUCUAGUAUAAAACUAAGUGUUAAACCGUCAGUUAACUCUAAUCAUCGUAAGAAAAUAUCACAAAACCAUAACAUUUCAAACGAUAGUGGUAUUGAUAAAAGUAACGGUUCUGUGAUGGUGAAAAAUGCUUGUAAAGCAAGUGAUACUCCUUGUAGUCAAAAUUCUAACGGUAGCAUUAAGUUAACUAUUAAAAAUAAAUCUGAAGUUAUAAUCAAAAACUGUGAUGCUAGGGACAUACAUAAAGAUACGGCUAUUGAAAAACCUAAAACUAGUAGCUCUUGUAGUAGUAGUUUGAAUAAAAUACCGACCAAUAUAAACAAUGUUAAAAGUGUUGAAUCAUUAGAUAGAAAUAAAAAUAAAGACGUGAGUUGUGUAGAUAAGCACGUUUUAAAUGUGAAACAAGAAGUCAAUUCAAAACCAGAACAUUUUUAUGCGGCUUUGUUUAGUAAUAAACACGAUGUGCAAGUUCCUCUAUCAAUUGAUGUAAAGACCGAAAUUAAAACCAACGAUGAAGAAAAUAAAGUAACAGUUGAUAUCCCAACUGUAACCGAAAUUGAACAACCGCUAAAAAAGAAAAAGCUGAAUCUCCAAGAGUAUAAGUUAAGACGUGGCGUUAGUUCAAAUAACAGCUCAGCACAAGUCAGUCCCGAAGCGAUAUUCCCGGAUAUACCCUGCAAUCUUAAUUUUGAUAAGGAUUUCAAAAUUGCUAUCCACCAAGGACCUGCUACUAAUGUUUUAAUUCCUAAGGAGCAUGCCAACGCUGAAGUUUCUAAAACUAUUUUUGAUCCUAUCAGAGAAGCUUCUCGAAAAAUCUUAAUGAAUAACAAAAAACAAAAAGCUGAAGCAAUGAGAAAAAGAGAUGAAGAUAUUGUUAUGAGCAAGAUACCAAAAGUGGAAAAUUUGGAACUGCAACCAUUAAUAAGUGAUGCGGAAAUGAUGAAAAUUGUUGGCAUGACUCCAGAAGUUUUACCUAUGCCAAUUGCAACUCCAAUUAGAGAAGAAAAGAUGCAACAACCGAAAGAUUAUGAUGAAAUUGUUCUAGUUAGUAUAGGAACUAAUACCGAAGAACAUCUGUUUCAACAAGUGGAAAAAGUAUCUGAGAGCAAAAAACGAAAAUCUGAAUCGCCACAAACAGAAAGCAAAUCAACAAUCAAUUUCAAAAUAAAGAAAUCUGAUCAUGUAUUAAAGCAUAAUGUUUUUGAUUCUGUUAAAAACCAUAGGAGUCCUGCUGAUGAUAAAAAUCGUUCCGAUACCAAAAUCGAUACGGAGAGAUUCAAAGAUAUUACUGCCACACUUAAAAGCGUAGAGAAACAAGUCGAACCUAAAAUUUUAAGUAAUUCAUUGUUUGCUAGUAUACAAGAUGUGGUAAUGAAAAAGGCGCCAACGACUGCUGCCUCAACAUCAAACGGAGAACAUAAACCAUAUAAAUUGAACUCUCCUUCAGAUAAACGUGAAGUGUUUAAAUAUACAAAGACGACAAUCGUUAGAGAAUACGAUACUAGCGCUGACCAUGGUGAAGAUAAAGUUAUACUUCACUUGGAAAAGAAUAGGAAGAAACCUGGUCAUAUUACAAUCAAUAUUCAAACUGAUUCUACUUCUGAGUUCGCUGAUUUAGCUAAAAUAGUUGAUAAAGUGAUUAGAAAAGAGCCCAGUGCUUCGCCGAGAAAAAGAAACGAUAGUGAUAUGUCUAUGUCUAGUGAAGGCAGUCCAGUGCGUACUAAAAAGGUUCCAAAUGUCACACCGACUAAGUCUGAUGAUAGAGUCGCUGCUGUUAAACCGAGAACAGAAACUAGACGACAGACGGAGCAAUCUCAAUGCAAAGAGAAAAGGUCUCGGUCAAGGGAUCGAUACGAUGUUAAAUACAGAAGAUCUAGAUCACAUUCUCGUGGCCAUAGAAGGAAACGGUCCCCUAGUCGUAAUAGAUCAAGAUCUCGUGGUCGUUACCGCCGCUACAGACGGUCAGACUCACCUUAUAGAAGGAAAAGACGAUCGAGGACAAGAUCACCGUACCGUUCCACAAGACGUUCUCCGUCCGUCAGAAGGGAUUACAGAUCGAAUCGUUCUCGUUCAAGAUCGAAGCACGUCGACCAAAACAAAUCGAGAAGUCCAGUUCCUAAGAAACGGCCAAGUCCGCAGUACAAUGUAAAUAAUAAUGAAAAAAAGCCCGCGAAAUCUUUGACGCCACCGUUAAGAAAGCCGACUGUGUCUGAAAGUUCUGAAUCGUCAACAUCUUCCAGUUCAUCGUCAUCAAGUAGUUCAUCAGCGUCAUCAAAAUCUCGAAGAUCAUGCAGUUCGUUCAGAAAAGAUGAUACCUACAGGGCGAAGAGUUACCGAAGUUCCUUUAGCUCAGAAGAUAGGGAGAGCAACACGCCCGUUGAAGAGAGACGCAUAGUUUUCGUAGGAAGGCUAGAAAAGGACGUAACAAAAACUGCACUAAGAGCUCAAUUUGUUAAGUUCGGACCCGUCAGUGAAGUCCGCUUACAUUCAAAGGAAGAUGGAACCCGUUACGGUUUCGUAACUUUCCAAAGGCCAAGGGAUGCUUGGUCGGCUGUGGAAGCAGCGAGCUCUUUCCCACAGUACGAUGUGGGCUUCGGAGGCCGCAGAGCAUUCUGCAGGCAGAGCUAUGCAGAUCUUGAUGGUCUAGAAGCUAAGUACACUGAGAGCGCAUUUCACGGCCAAGCAGCGCUACCAAUUCGUCGAAACGACGAUAUGUCAUUCGAACAAAUGUUACUAGAUAUAAAAAAGAAAUUAAAUAAACGAAAAGGUGAUAAAAAUCGUAACGAUGAAAAUACGGCUUGACGAUUACUUAAUUUUAGCCUCAUUUCGAUUAAACGUGUAGUGUUAACUGCGUUACCUGUGCUUGUGAAAGUGACAUCUGACUUUUGAAGUUUUUGCCCAUUAACUGACAGCUGUCAUUGUCAAGUUAAUGAUGCGUUCCGUUGUGCAAUCGAAAAGACAUUUUGAUUUGUUGUGCUCUCAACGUACCUCUUUAGUUAAAUUGUUUUAGUACAUUUUUUUCUUUACUGAUUUAUUUUUUGUAAAUAGUAGUCUAGUAACGUACAUAGAUUUAUGUACGAUUUUAACGCUACCUCUUAUGUCUAACAGUACAUAUAAUUUUGGCAUUGUUAUUUUUUUUUUGGUUUUAUCUUUAAUCGGAUUUUUUUUUAAGCUAAACAUACAUCACGUUUGCCGUGUAUGUAUGUUUAGCUUAAAAAAAUAAAACAGAUGUUUUUUUAAUUAAUUAUCACAGCAAUAUCUUGUAGAAAUAUCCAUAGAGGCUCAUGUACAUUUAUAGGACUAACAAAACCGUUGGAUUCGACAUUUGUAUGAUUUUGUGUUUUUUUUUAGUGCUAAUCCUAGUUUCGCUUGAAUAAAUUCUCUGCGAUGUUACCUUCAAUUUAUCAUUACAAUUGUUGUAUUUUCGUUUUUAAAACUUAAUCGUAUGAAUAUUACGAAUUUUAUGUAUAUAUUAUCUGUAAGUGUAUAACUCAUAGCUUAUUUAGUUAUUUUAGACUUACAAUGUAACAUUUACUUAGCCACCGAGCCGUGGUACAGAUUAUGUAUAAAAAAAUCCAACAAGGAAUAAAAUUUUGCAAAAUUAAAAAAAAAUAGUUUAUAAUAAAUAAAACCUUUUUUGAAAACAAAACUUUAAAAAAAAAAAGUAAAUGGUAGCUAGAAUGUAUGAAUGAAGAACAAAAUGAUUCCAACGCAAAUGCUAGUGCCAAAAGUUGCUUUGUUCCUAAAUAUAUUUUUUUUUAAAUUAAAACAGCUUGUUAACUGGGGUUUAUUAAAUAUAGGCAGCUUAAAUGCAUAUUUUUUGUCAAUUAUAAUGAAAAUAUAUUUUGCAUUCAUGAAAUAUACACCCAUAGACAAUAAAGUAUCACUACAGCCAUAGACUGCGCUUUUUAUUCUAUAUACAGAUGUCCAGUUAAAA